GAAAGAUUAUGUUUAGAAUUUAAUCUGUAGUGGUUGUAUAGUGUUUUGUUCGAUGAUUUGAACACCAAGAAGGAAUCACUUGAUACCAAACAAUGGAUGUUAAUGAAUUAAAUCAGAAUAUAUUGAACUAAUACAAAACGUAUGUAUUUUAUAGCAUUGAUAAUUGAUCGAAUAUAUUCUGGAUUGAGAGGAUCACAAAAUGCGUUAUGACGAGGUGUUAACUCACAUUGGGGAGUUUGGAACUUACCAACGGAUCCAAUAUAUUCUCCUAGCUAUUACUUCCCUGACGUCAGCAUGGCACUCAAUGAACAUGGUGUUUGUUGGCGCCACCCCCGACCACCAUUGUAAGAUCCCAGACCAAUAUAGAACACACUAUGGAAACAUAUCAGAGACACAAUUGUAUAACCUUUCAUUACCAACUGAACUUAAAGAUGGCAACACUAGAUAUAAAAGAUGUCAAAUGUAUCAUCUCAUAAACAACACUGACGACCUCUAUAAUAGAUCUGAACAGGCUUGCACAAAUGGAUGGGUCUACAGCAAAGAGAAAUACCAAAGAACCAUAGUUUCUGAUUGGAAUCUUGUGUGCGGUGAUAUAGGACUGAGAAGUUCAGCAUCUUCAAUAUUUUUUGCUGGACGUCUUGUUGGAGCACUCAUGUUUGGACAACUGUCAGAUUUCGUUGGCAGGAAGUUGUCAUUCUUCAUAGCAGUUGUCCUACAGUGUGCCAUAGGGACGGGAGCCGCCUUCUCUCCAUCAUUGAUCAUAUUCUAUGUUCUUUACUUCUUCCAAGGUGUCAUGCAAGUAGGGGUAUACCUAUCUGCAUAUGUACUAGGUAGUGAAAUUCUUGGUCCGAAGUUUCGCACAUAUUGGGGAGUGGGUAACCAGUACUUCUACGCAAUAGGACAGAUGCUCCUAGCUCUACUUGGAUACCUCAUACGUGAUUGGAGAUACAUAGAAAUCGCCAUAUCUGCCCCACUGGUACUAUAUCUGACGUAUUGGUGGCUUGUCCCUGAGAGUCCAAGAUGGCUACUAGUACAAGACAGAACGAAAGAAGCCAAGGCUAUUAUACGUAAAACUGCCAAAGUUAACAGAGUUGAUGUCUCUGAGAAGAUACUGGACAGUCUCACAGCGGAUACCGUUGAUCCUAGUGGUAAAGCCCACAGCGUUAUUGACUUAUUCAGGAACUGGAAGAUUAUUAGCCUCUCGUUGCUUGUUUGGCUCGGUUGGUUAAUCAAUGCAUUGGUCUAUUAUGGACUUGGCCUGAACACUAGGAAUCUCGCUGGUGACCCCUACCUCAACUUCUUCUUCAGUGGUCUUGUUGAGAUACCCGGUGUUGCCGUUGUUCAUCUCACAAUAGACAGAUUUGGUCGUAAGCCUGUGCUUUGUGGAUUUAUGCUGUUCGGUGGUCUGGCUUGUAUUUGUACAUCAUUUAUUCCUACAAAUCUAAGCUGGCUAGCCACGUUGUUGGCAAUGAUUGGCAAGUUUGCGAUCACAGGAUCAUACGCUGUCAUCUACCUCGUUGCCACUGAAGUUUUCCCGACAUGUGUCAGGAAUGUAGGCUGUGGCAUGGCUUCUAUGAGUGCAAGGAUUGGUGGAAUAUUAGCGCCACAGAUAGUACUCCUUGGAGAAUAUGUACGCUUCCUCCCAUUCUUGAUAUACGGGGGACUUUCUAUAGGAGCUGCGCUGCUUAUGCUUCUACUGCCAGAGACGCGUGGUAGACCCCUACCUCAGACGAUGGAAGAUAUGUAUAACUACUCUAAAAGACCAACAGAAGAAGAAUCUAAAGAUGGAAAGGAUAACAUCGCAUUCCAAAUGGACAAUAUUACAGAUAAUGCUCUAAAUGCACCUAUUCUGUGCAAGGAUACAACGCAGCUAAAUGCAACAAAAUUGUGAUACUUCAAUAACAAUGGAUCGCUACAAAUAUUACUCCAAAUGU